GCGAAGGAAGGAGAGAGGGGAGAGAGAAGCUAAACAGGUGGUCUGAAAAACACACAGAAAACAAUGUCGCCCGGCGGGGAGAAGCGGAAACACUUCUAGUCCUCGUUUCAAGUGAAGGAAUACCGGGACAAGACAACCAGCGGAGCCGAAACAACAAACAAAAAAAACCCCAUGGUCCUUCUUUAUUUCCACACGGAUUUCUCUUCCUCCUCUUCUCGGCUUUACACUCCGAAGAUCCCCGGAUACUAAACCAUGAAAGUCACGGUGUGUUUCGGGAGGACUCGAGUGGUGGUGCCGUGCGGGGAUGGGAAUAUUAAAGUCCACACACUCAUCCAGCAGGCUGUCAUGAGAUACAAGAAAGCCAUCGCGAAGGAUGCUAGUUACUGGCUGCAGGUCCACCGGUUGGAGCACGGUGACGGCGGCAUCCUCGACCUGGACGACGUUCUCUGUGACGUUGCUGACGACAAAGACAGGUUGAUAGCUGUGUAUGAAGAGCAGGAGCCCCACCAUGGAGGCGAUGGUACCAGCGCCAGCUCCACUGGGACCCAGAGCCCGGACCUGUUUGCUGCAGACCUCAGUGCGGGCAGCGGAGCCUCGGCUUUCCAACCCUACCAGACAGCCAGCGAGAUCGAGGUCACUCCCUCCGCCCUGCGCACCAAUAUGCCCCUCCACGUCCGACGCAGCAGCGACCCCGCCUUGAUGACCAUCAAUGGGCCUUUUGGCGGCGGCAGCGAAUCACGAGUCCAAGCAGAAGAGGCGCCCUCAAGGAAGAACCCGACGCGCUGGUCCACCACGGCCGGCUUCCUGAAAGCUCGGCACUCCUCCGGCACCAACAGCCUCGAGAGAAAGGGUAAAGGAAUGGACACGUAUCGCAGCCUGCCGCGAGAUGCAGGGACAUGGGCCAAUCAGAGGGAGUUUCAGAGAGAGACGGCCCGCUCGUCGCUCAGCGCCAAUCACCCCAUGGUGGACCGCUGGCUGGAGAGACAGGAACAGGAGGACGAAGCCAGAGAAGAGGAAAACGGCAGGAUCGAGCCGGUUGGUCGAGCGGACUCCUGCAUGGACCACACCCCUGUGAGGUCACUCGAAGACAUAGUCAAACUGGUGGAGGUGUCAAACGACGGUGGGCCUCUGGGGAUCCACGUGGUGCCUUUCAGUGGCAAGGACCGCAGGACUCUUGGCUUGUUGGUCAAGCGUCUGGAGAGAGGAGGCAAGGCCGAGCAGCAGAGCCUCUUCCAGGAGAACGACUGUAUCGUCCGAAUCAAUAACGGAGACCUGAGAAACAUCCGCUUUGAACAAGCCCAGAACAUGUUCCGCCAGGCCAUGCGCUCUCCCGUCAUCAUGUUUCAUGUGGUACCGACGUCGAUGAAAACCCACUACGAGCAGCUGUCCCACGCCGAGAGGAACCCCGCGUACUCCUCGGGCCGUUUCAGCCCGGACUCCCUGACGGGCAGCAUCGUCUCCGGCAUGGACCACACCCCGCAGAGGAUGUCCCGGCACGGUUCCCAAAAUCACCCGCACUCCCACCCUCAUCCUCAUCCUCACCCUGAACAGACUGACGGAUACCCACCCCUGACUCACCCGGCCGUCUCUGCGGCCAAGCCCCCCACGGGACACACCCACUCGCCUCAGAGGGCGGCAAACGCAACGCCGACGGCUGGAUAUACCAAAAAAGUCGGGAGGAGGCUCAAUAUACAGCUAAAGAAAGGCCCCGAGGGACUCGGCUUCAGUAUAACCUCUCGGGACGUUCCCAUCGGCGGCUCGGCACCCAUCUACGUGAAGAACAUUCUGCCUCGGGGGGCUGCCAUCCAAGAUGGCCGUCUUAAGGCAGGAGACAGGCUGCUUGAGGUGAAUGGAGUCGACCUGAAUGGGCGAACCCAAGAGGAGGUGGUGUCCCUGCUCAGGGCCACACCCAUGGGCGGAGCUGUGGUGCUGCUGGUUCUACGGCAGGAGGAGGCUUUCCUCCCCCGAGAAUCGAAUGCUGAGCCCCAGAUGCAAUGCCCCCGAGAUUUGCAUCCGAGGCAGCCCGUGACAGCAGGGAAAACCCAUUGGCUGAUAGAGAAGUCGGAGGAGGACGACUUGGUCCUGACUCCAGACGGGACCAGAGAGUUCCUGACCUUCGAGAUCCCCCUCAGUGACUCGGGGUCGGCCGGGUUGGGCGUCAGCGUCAAGGGCAACCGCUCCAAGGAGAACCACGCCGACCUGGGCAUCUUUGUCAAAUCCAUCAUUAACGGAGGAGCCGCCUGCAAAGACGGUCGACUUCGAGUGAACGACCAGUUGAUUGCUGUUAACGGAGAGUCGUUGUUGGGAAAGACCAACCAGGACGCCAUGGAGACGCUGCGCAAGUCCAUGUCGACGGAAGGCAACAAGCGGGGGAUGAUCCAGCUCAUCGUGGCCCGGAGAGUGGCCAAGAGAAACGAGGACGCACCGGGGAGCCCGCUGGGACCUCAGCAGAUGAUGAACACCACCCUGGACGACCACGAGCGCAGAAUCUCCCACUCCCUGUACGGUGGCCUGGAGGGACUCGAUGACAACUUGAUGCCACGGCCAGGCAUGAUUCCACGCACAAUAGGAAACUAUCAGCUGUCACCGACCGUCAACAUGCCGCAGGAUGACACGGUGAUCAUAGAAGAUGACGGGCCACCCCUACUCCCACCCAACCUCUCUGACCAAUCAUCGUCCAGCUCCCACGACGACGUGGGCUUCGCCGCUGAUGUGACGCCGACGUGGGCCAAAGAGCCGCCCAGUCAGAAUGAAAGCUCCCAGAGUCCAGAUGAAAACAAUCCUGACGCUGCUUUCCAAAGGGAGGGCUUCGGACGCCAGAGUAUGUCGGAAAAACGCACCAAGCAGUUCGGAGAUGCCGCCCAUCUGGAGAUCAUCAAGACACGCAAGUCCAAAAGCAUGGAUCUAGUAGCCGACGAGAUUAACCUCACUCCUCGUCCUGAGACCAACACAGGUUCUUCCACAAGAGACGUGGGGCCAUCGCUAGGCUUGAAGAAGUCCAGCUCCCUCGAGAGCCUCCAGACCGCCGUCGCCGAGGUCACCCUCAAUGGGGACCUCCCCUUCCACAGGCCGCGCCCCCGUAUCAUCAGGGGGCGGGGCUGCAACGAGAGCUUCAGAGCAGCCAUCGACAAGUCCUACGACCGACCGGCUGCGACGGAGGAGGAGGAUGAGGGCAUGGAGACAUUGGAGGAGGACACAGAGGAGAGCUCUCGAUCGGGCAGAGACUCGGUGUCCACGGUGGCCGACCAGACGCCGCUGUCCGGCUCCGAGAAGCCCCUGGUCAACGGCACCAAUCGAACCAAAGAGGAGAAGAAGAAGGACAAAGACAAGGGAGGGAAGGAGAAGAAGAAGCAGCAGCAGCAGGAAGGAGGGAAGGAGAAGGACAAGGACAAGGGAAAGGCCAAGAAAGGCAUGCUGAAAGGACUCGGGGACAUGUUCAGGUUUGGAAAGCACCGGAAAGACGAGCGUCCGGGGGAAAAGCUGGACCGUAAAGGCUCCAGUAAAUGGAGCGCAGUGGAGACGCAGGUUUCAGAGGAGGAGACCAUGAAGAUGAAGAUGGAGCAGGAGAGGAUCCAGGCCAAGACCCGGGAACUGCGGGAGCGUCAAGCCAGGGAACGGGACUACGCUGAAAUCCUGGACAUUAGCCGCACGUCGGAGAGGGCGUCGGAGGAGGAGCACCCGUACGCCGGCAUCAACCCCCUGAACAGCUCGGUGGACAGCGGGCACAGCCGACCCCACAGCCCCCGGGAGGAAUACCCCCACGUCCAUCCACACCACCAUCAACAACUCUCAGACACCCUGUACACACAAGUCAGCAAGGGCCGCAACGACAGACCUCCAUCUGCAGACAGUAACCGGCUAACCCCUAGCAACCACGACCGGAUACAGAGGCUGAGGCAGGAGUUCCAGCAGUCCCAGAACGUCCCAGAAGACCCCGACGACCGCAGGAGGACGUACAGCUUCGAGCAGCCGUGGUCAAACAACAGCAGUAACGGUCCGGGCGGGUACAGCCAGCCGGGUCGUCACUCGGUGUCCGUCGAGGUUCAGAUGCAGAGGCAGAGACAGGAGGAGAGAGACUCGUUCGCCCAGGCACAACGGCAGUACAGCUCCCUGCCACGGCAACCCAGGAAGAACCCCAGCACCAUCUCCCAGGACUCGUGGGACAAAGCGUACCCGCCGGGCGAGGGCUUCCAGACGGCGAAGGACAACCCCAGGUACUCCAGCUACCAGGGCUCCAGGAACGGCUACCCGGGCGGGGGCGGCGUCAACGCCCGAGUCCUCCUGGAGGCCCAGGAGCUGCUGAGGCAGGAGCAGAGGCGUCGAGAGCAGGAGGCCAAAGGGAAGCUGAUGCAGGAGAGCAGCUAUGAAGGGUACUCCACGGGGCACCUGAAGGACCCCGCGUCUCCAAAAGGGCCCUACCGCCAUGACGUGCCGCCUUCGCCGUCGCAGCUAGCGAGGCUGAAUAGAUUGGGGUCGGAGAAGGGAAGACUUUUUUACUCUUGAGGAGUUUUGUUGGACUGAUGGAAAAGAAAAGCCGGACAGAGAACUGUACACAAACAGCAGGAGUGGACGCUACACAUCUUGACUAAAGGGACGAGCUAGAGGUCAGAUAGCUUAGCGGUGAUCUUAGUGAAGUGUGUGGGUGUUUGUGUACAAUGUUUCACAAUCGAGUGUGUGUGUGUGUCGUGGCUUUACAAAGUGUCCCACGGAUGACUCUUCCAAUCGGUUCACAAAUUCAAAGUUAACAUUCAACCUCCCCCCCCCCCCUCUUUACAAACGCUGCUGGCGUUUCUCUGCAUCCUGUUUUCUUCUCUCCAUGCGGUGUUUUUCUGCUCAGCGAUCUUCGCUCUCUCACUUGAGUACUCCCCCGGGGAGCAGAGGAAACACGGCAAAGUGUAUGAAAGAAGCAGGGCACAGUGUGUGUGUGUGUGUGUGUUAUUAAUAAAAUAAAAAAAAGCCCCCUCCUCAUAAAUGAUUCAUAUCGUGUGUUAUCUCCGUGGAGGAGACCCAGGCAGAGAGAGGGUAGACAGCUCUGAUCCUCUGCCUGGCCCCCCUGCACCGCUCUGGGCUUGAUUCCCUGGCCUGCCCGCCUGUCGGUCUGUCUGGAGCUCUGGCUCCCAUCCUCUCUCUUGUCAUUCUCUCUGUUCAUUACCUUUCAUUUCUUCUACCUCAACACCCCCAACCUUCAUCCUCCUACUGCUUCACACUCAUCUCCCACCUUCCUCUCAUGUCACCCCUCCCCUUCCUCUUCCUCAUCCUCCCCUCCUCCUCCUCCUCCUCGUCUCCCGAGUCAGGCUCUGCACUGAAUUUUUCAUCACAAGCCACCUGCUGCCUGCCAGAGCCAGAGAAAGCUGCCACCAGAGGCAGCGACAGAGGGCCCGGCUUCUGACAAAAAGAGGGGAAUAACAGCAACAACAAAAAAAAAAAAGAUGGGUAGAAACAGACAAUGAGCCUCUCAGUGUGAGAUUAGCUGCAGCUUUUGUCCAGAUUUUAACAAAAGAGUCGCAGAGUUGUCCCAAGUAGUUAAUUGCUUUUAAUUUGCAGUUAGUGCUUUAUGUUUUUUCUGCCCUUUAACACCUGACACUCUUCUUCAGAUUUACAAAAACAGACUGAACUGAUUCUCUCCAAAAGAAAGAGAUUGACAAAAACAUUUCCCAGUGUGUUUCUCUGAAAUCUGUUUCUUUUUUUCUGAUCCCCUUGCAGAGUGUCAAAGCAAAUCUGUGCGUCCUCACAUAAUAUUCAAUGCAAGACGUAAUAGAGUUCACCCUCACCCCGCCCUACUGUGCUGGAAUUCCUCGAUGUUUUCCUACAGAAAGAUUCUCUCCCAGGAGUACAAAGGACUAAUGUUCAUGUCUCAUGUUCAACUCUUGUUUUUCCCGAAAACUAAGUGGGAAGCUUAUGUAGUGUGACAGCCACAGUUUGUAAUGUUUAUGCACCAAAAUCAUAAAUCCAGGUUGAGAUAAUGAGACAUGGUUCUGUUAAAGUAUAUUUAUCGAUCUAUCCAAGAAUCGAACAGCAUUCUCCAUGUCCUGUUUUUUUUUUAUAUCCCCAAGCUUUUCUAGCUGAUUCUAGCAUAAUAGAGCUAGCCAAUCACAGCACAGCAGGGCGGCACUCUGUGGAACUCUUGGAAAAUUUGAGAUAUGCUCCCAAGAAGAUUGAUGACAUAACUGCAGAGCUAGAAAUGAGAGAGCUCAAUAACUGUUGGAGUUAGCUAGCUUGCUAACUGUCACUUUAACGCUAACUGCUGCUCGUUACCUCAGUUGCUGGCAACACAAUCGUUAACACAUUUUGUUUAAAAGACUGUGCUCUGUUUUUAAAAUGGGUGCUCUUUAGAGGGUAGUAAAAAAAACAGCAGCUAAAACUCAGCUAAUGAGCUAAGAUAACGUCCUCUAUUUUGAAUUCUGUGGCAAUUAAUGUGCCAAGAGGGUUUGCUAUUGACCUUCACUUUGGCUUCCUAGGAAUGUAACUUCAUGGUAAACCUUUUUUUAAUUUACACGUUUACUAAGACCCAGUUGGUGAAUCAUCCGAGCGUUGGCUACUGGAUUAAAAUAAUUUCACUGACCUUUCAUAAAUUGACCAUUUCUGGUUCCAAAUGUUGAUGAUAUGGUGUUUAAAUCUUACUCAAAUGUCACAGGGAGAGCAACGUUAUACAUUUCAUAUUCCUCAGAAGUAUUUUGGAGGGUUUAGAAAUCUCAAAACUCAAAAAAAUAGACCAAAGCUUGCUGCAUUUCUGGAAAGUGCUGUGAAUGAACAGAGAGUUAUCUCCUAAUCUGGAUGAACUAACCCUUUAAACCAGUGACCUUUGUGAUUUUAAUAAGGAACCAUGCUGGUCCAUUAUGACAUGCAGGUUUUGACUUCUUUAAUUCCAAUCACACCUUGCAAAUGCUUUUUUUUUUUUUUCUUAUUCAAAAUGGAGGAAUGUAAUCAGCGAAACCAGCUGCUGUACUUGUAGGUCGGGGGAAGAAGACCUUGGGCGUUGAUGACACAUGCUUAAAAAAAAUCACCAGCACAGCAAAGCGGCCCCUCUGCUCUUAAUUGCUGCAGGAGGUGGCAACAGAUCCUCUUUAGUCUCAACCUUCCCUUCUCUGACAUCACCAACGUUUGCGUCUCUGCCUGCAAACGAACAAAUGAGAUCCAGCUGAGGUCGAACUCUGAAAAAAAAAAAAACACACAAAAGGGAAAUACAAAAAAAAAAAAAAAAGAAAUAAAACCUGGCUAUCAUUAAGCAGCGGAACAAACAAACAGGCGGUACGUUAUUGCCCUUCACUCCUACACAACGCAUAUGCAGAGUGAAGCUGCGUGACAUACAUUACCUCCUGUUGGUUAAUGAAGACCCUCGCUGGGAGAGAGACAGGCGUAGUAGGGGUGAUAAAUGAUGAACGGAAAAAGAGUGAAAAGGUGAAGAGAACUGCUUAUUUUUUUUUGUUUUUCCCAGAGAUAAAACUUCACAACACCACUCUGUAUGAAGCUAACGGAAACGACCCUUUUGCAUUAUGUAUGUACCUUGUUGUAAAAAAAACACACUAUGGCCCUUUGGCUCAGUGUGCUUUAAAGUCGAUGAAAAGUGUUACCAAAUAAAGAUACAAAGUGUGUGUCUGUGUGUGUGAGGGGGAGAAAUAACCCUCUCCACUUGGAUUGUUUUUUUUUAAUAGUAAAAGUGUUUUGGUUGUAGCGGCCUGCACUUCCUGCUGUGAACACUAGUGCGUCCGAUCAUGCCGAACUCGCACAUUUUAGAAGGAUGUUUUUUUUUUUUUUUUUGGACCUGUGCUGUAAACUUUACGGACGUCACUGUUCAGCUAGUUUAGUUACGGAGGGUCUGAUAUCGACAAGUGCCUGAAAUAAUAUAAAAAUGUUACACAAGAAGAGACAGGAUGUGAUUUGUUUGUCGGUGACACUACAGCACACGCACUACGAUGUGUGUGUGUUUUUUAAACGUUUUUAAUAUCAUUGUAUUAAAAUGUCAUUUUUAAGGGGUACUCCUUCCUGAAGCUUUUUUUUUUUUUUUUUUUUUUAAACGUUAUUUACAAGAGCCAACACUUACAAGCGGUUAUCAGUGUAUUUGUAUUCCCGUUUGACAUUGCCUUCAACCAUGCUGUACCAUGACGUGUUUUAAAGUAGAAGAAGAAAAAUGGACGCUGAUGUGCAAUUUGUUUUUGUUCAGUUUUUUUUGUUUUUUUCAGAAAACUUUUACAUGGUAUAUUGAGAAAUGUAUACAGCCACUUUUCCUGUACAUAUCAAAUUUAGAAUAAAGCGGAAGGCUGUUCCAUCCUGUUUACAACCUC